UGGCCGUGCCGUGAAGUGAAAUUGUAUCGUAUGUUAGUUAGAGAGGUUGGCGAACUACUACGAUCUAUAGAUUUCCCAUCUAUAUCCAAUCCCAACGAGAAUAGAAGCAAGUCACUUCCGGCCUGUCUUGUAGUCUUAGUCUUUUAGCUUAUGUAGUCGUCGGCCUUCAUACACGCAUGCGUCCGCCAGAAUGCCUCCUUGGUUUGGGAUUAAGCCAAGCCGAUACAUAUGAUAGGCGAAGGAAAGACCCCCAUUUCAUAGCGCCUGGGGAACGCAAGUUUGAUUGGGGAUUGGAGAGGAGAGGUGGAAGAAAGGGCUCGGGAUGGAUUUUGGAGUCUUUGUGCGAGCUGUAUGCGGUGAGAGUCGCAAGUACGGUAACGAGGGGGGUUCGCAUCUAUACAUGUAGUGUGGUGCUUAGGCCUACCCACCCUAUUUGUUCCAUGAUCUAUGGGUCUACUGGAGCUACCCACUUCGAUCAAUUAGCCAAGAUUUUGACCGGAUACGAAAUCACUGGUGCUCGAUCUAGUGGUAUUUUUAUGAGGAUUCUAUUUAUCGCUGUAGGAUCCCUAUUUAAGAUCACUGUAGUUCCUUUUCGGGCGGCUGUAGGACGGCUGCCUAUAGGUGGUAGGGUAGGGUGGGUGGUACCGCUCUGCGGCCAAUCUUCCUAACCGCGCGCGGGCCGGGCUUAGAGCGCGUGAAACUCAUCACUACCUCGUAAGGGCGUUGAGACCAUAGCAUAUUACACGAAAGCGCCGCUUUCUCUGUAGUGUUGUCACACAGCUGCCCGCCUAGAAGAGCAACUCGCUCUGUAGUGUUGUCACACAAGAUAAGAACGCCGCCCGCCUGCUGGCCGGGCGAAUCGAAGUUAUCUUCCGGUCAACUGUCCACCCAAUCAAGUGUAAAAAACUCAGUAGAAUCACGCAACGCACGCUGCUGGUGUGCUUCCUUCUCGCGAGGAAAGAAAGAAGAGCGACAGGGUUCAGUUCAGAUUUGACUGUUUGCAGCAUGGGAGCAGAUUCCCUAAAAAAUCCCUGGGAACAAUGAAAAAAAAAAGAUAUCUCGGUAAC